CAUGUUCCAGCUACAGGCUAUACAGCAACGAGACACGGUGAUCCCUACUGACGCGGUAUCUCUGUACAGGAAAUGCUGUAUGGAAAGCGAUGGCAAUCCAUUAGAUGUCUUCCAUCCGGUUCGCACUUAAUUUGACCUCGGGUCCCAUCGACAUACGGCAGCAUCAAGGGCCAGCGGUUAUAAUUGGGGUUUGAACCGUUUGGUCAUGCGCCAUGUGCCUAACCCUGUGUUCGACCGCCUCAACGCCUACUAUUAUAACACUUACCGACUUUGCAACAUACUUACCCUAGAUAAUUUCAAAGCCCUCCGGUGCCAUCAUCCUGCGCGCACCCUGCUCAUAUGGAUCUGGUCCCAUCAUUGACAGAUAUUGAAUCUCCCCGUCGUCCUUCGCUUGUCCGCGACCGUCCUUCUCGGCCUCCAUUGCCAAACGGGCCACGCUUGCGCUCACGCACAAAAAAUUCCGUCGAUAUGAACAGUCCACUCGGAAGCUCCACCGAUGGAGGCUCUCCCUCCGGGUUGACUUCGCCUGUCUUCACCUCUCCCUUCCUCCGUCCAAACUCUCCUCCAUGCCUGCUGGACGAGAGCCAAUCAUUUUCCCUCGAUGCCUCGCUCCCGCAAUGCGCACCACAAAUGAGCGCUUCUUUACAUAUACGUGCGACAACGGACAUUGGUGUCCAAGUUUCACACAAUUUUACCUCCUACCCUUCUUCUCCCUCAUUAUCCCCGUCAAGGACACCUCCAGCUCAAAAACCAAAAGCUACGCUCAAGUCAAAGCCAUCGGUAGCCACAUUUCUUGCUCCUCCUCCUCUUGCGCCCCCGCCUACAAUAUCAUUUGAAUCCACGCAGAUUCCAUGGAAGGGCCUUCCCUACGAGGCCGCUCAAUGGACGUUCACCUCACCCGAACUACAGGAGAUAGUCUCACGUGCUAUCAGGUUAAGCGCAAAAGAGUCCUUCAUACGCCUCCUAUCCCUCCAGGCGCUCGACACAGACAUGGUGAAAGAAGCAGAGCGUCUCGAAGAAGAGCGCCUAGCAGCGCAGGUCAAAUGGAGAUUCGAAAUGAACAGGCGAACCAUGCUGAUGCAGGCGCUCAACUCCUGUGCCGGUGUCCUCGCCAACUCGGGAGAAGGCGAUAAAGAUAAUGUUUUGGGAGGCUUGAUAUCUCAAGUUUCAACUUCUAUCGCUUCGUGCGACUCUAUCCUUGCAUCCAUCUUGCACAUGUCAGACCAACAGGCGCAAAUCUCGGUGGUUCAGCACCGACAUUGGGCUUCAGCUCUCGGGAUUGCACUCCGCAAGCUGAACAAGGCAUUCGAGCGUCAGGGAGAGGAGAUGAAACGCGCGCUAAUACGUAUCCAGACGCUCGAGGAUGAGCUCGAGGAGGCUUGGAGAGAAGCGGAGGGCAUGGCCGCCGAGAUUGAUGAGAUGGAGGAGAGCGAGGAGGAACUUGAUGAUAUCGAUGACAACCAAACACUUGGAGACAUGACCAUCAACACCGAUAUCGCACAGGUCAUGGGUGUCACCGCUAAAGCUGUCUUAUCCAAAGCUACUCUCAUCACCCAAGUUAAGCACGUAUCAUCCGAUGCCAAAUCCGUCAAGUCUGUCAAAUCCGCCAAAUCCUCCCGCAGCAAACGAUCCAAAGAUGGCCCAAACCGGCUUUCACGCUUUUCUGCAGCAAAGACACGCUCACGCACCGCAUCCAAUGCCAGCCUCCGUUUGCCCAAGGGGCUGCGCACUCCCACAGCAUCUAGUAUGCCAGAUGAUCCGCCACCCAUGCCUGCACUUCCGGACGCCUUACAAGGAUGUUCGUUCCUUGAUAUGGACACCACCGGCGCAGAGUAUUCCCGUCCACUGAGAAAACAGCUACCUAACCGCGCUCCCGAACCAACAGUUUCCCUCCCUGAACCUCCCCAUACAGCAGGCCUUCCUCGAACCGCCAUUCCGUCCAUUUGGAUAGACGCCGACUCAGGCCCCGGUCUGCGACCGAGCGGCCUCGAUCGCUCUCACUCCAUGCAGAUCUUCCCCUCACUUCGACAGGGCCGGCGAAGCGAUCUCGUGAUGAGCCUCUCGCGCUCCGAUCCUGGAAACUCACCUGUAGAAAAGGCCGAUCCUGUUUUGGGCGGCUUGGGGGCUAUGGCUGUAGUGGAUAAACCACUUCCUGCGGACAGACCUGUGCCUGUUAUCGAUCGGCCAGUAUCUGCUGUGGAUCGGCUAGUGUCUGGUGCGAUGGACCGACCGCGUCCGAGUGUGGAUAGGAGGAAUUCUGGCUCACACAAGUUGAUGCCGAUGCUUGAAAGGUCGACUGGAAUCCCUGCGACUCUUAUCUCUGGUGGGAGGUAUUACUCGCGGGGCUUACCCAGUUACCGGUCAACGGAAACUAUCUCUGAGGGCGGGACCCCUCCACGGGCAGGAACGCCAAAUAUUGGUUAGGCCGGGACAUAGUCCAUGUCAUCAGGCCAUCUAUGCAUUGUUAGAUAUCAUUCACAUUCCAUUUAUACGCACAUAUGUUCCUUCACAUCUACGACCCAUCGGAAUUCGCAUGCAUAAUCAUACCUGCUGUAUAACAUCCUACUGACGUAUAAUCUUUUCUUGAUAUCUGUUA